AUGGACCACCGUUUCGAGCCCAAACAGAUCCUGAAAAGGGAAAUGUCCCAGAGAGAGUCCAGUCUUUUUGAAGAAUGGGCCCCAGAAGCGAUGAGAAGCAACAUGCCCUCCGUGAACCAACAGCACAACGUACAGCAACAGCAAGAUCUGGCUGUCCCCAAAACACACAGCACCACGCCUAAAAGGCUUAACUCGACUCCCAAGAUCCAGCAAACCGUACCUAGAAAGCAGGACACUGUACCCAAGUUUGACAGCAUGCCCAAGAGGUCUGAAACCACGCCCAGAAAUCAGGACUACUCGCGUGCGCGUUCGAAACGCUCGUCUUCCAUGUUCGAUGAAUGGAAGGCUUCGGCUAUGCAGAAUGAUCCGUUGAAUAACACUUCUGCUGCUACAGAGAUCAAGAAGGAAGAUACGAAGGUGCUGUCUUCUAAGACAGUUGGUGGUGGUGAAAAUGCAGAGGCCAAACCCCACUCGCAACCGGUGAAGAAUCAGAAUACUCUCAGUCAUUCUCAGAAAAGUUUGGAGACUUCUAUUUCUACUACUGGUCCAAAGAACCAACCACCCAACAAAAGCGGCAACAUCACCACUGGUAACACUAGUGCCAGUUCCAACCAUCUUGCUCCGAAGCCUGUUAAUAGAGUCGUUUCCAAACCCGUCUAUCCAAAAGUGACUGUUGAGCGUAAACCAGACCGGGAAGGUUAUACGGCCCCAAACGGGUUCUUCAUCCAUAAGAUCGAGUUGGCGAGAUUGUCCGAUGGCGUUAGAACCAGGAGUAAGGACAGAGUGAUCUUUCGCCCGAGCUUCUUGGAGAAUCCUUGGAAGGAUAUGAAGGCCGUUCGAAUUGAAUCUCUGGCUUUCUAUUGCGGCAUGGGUAUCGGCAACCUGAAACUCUUCAUUCAACGACUAUUAUGCGGCGUUAAUUGUUCCGGUACUCUUCUUUCUUUUCUUAUAUCAGGAAACAAAGUCAAACAGCAAACACUUCCCACGGUGAGAAACGGACCUGAUGUAUCAACUGGAUUACAUAUCAGCGGAUCCAAGUACCGGGUGGCUCUAACCAGAUUGUGCAAUGUUAUCAUUUCUGACAUGUCUAUUUAA